CAUUCAUAGCGGGAGUUUGCAGGAGAUCAGUGUGAUAUUAAUAAUUAUUAAAGCUAAUCAGCGCUCAUAAUGCUUAAAGAAAACCCCUGGAAUAUUCCGGUGACCGCUCCGGCGUGUAUGGAUAAACACCUGGACGCCAUCGACUACAGGAAAGAUGGUGUGCUGCUGCUGGCCGCCUCCAGUCUGUCGGGCCGCUGUUGGCAGGGCUCGCUCUGGAUCUACAGUGACCCCAAACUGGCCCCCAGUGAGGGCUUCUGCAGGGCGGGGGUCCAGACGGAAGCCGGAGUCAGUGACGUACACUGGAUAUCAGAUCGCGCGCUGCUGCUGGCCUCAGACUCGCAGGACGGACGGCUGCUGCUGUGGGACCAACGCAAAGACAAACCUGCCACUCGCAUCGAUGUGCAGUCCCCCAGCUGCAGCCCCACCGCAGUCGUCUGGCACCCGCAGCACAGCAGCACCAUCGCCUACGGUGAUGAGCUGGGCAGAGUGACAGUGAAGGAUCUGAAGGCUUCAGACGGUGUGAAGACGACACACACACACAGACGGCGGGUCAACAGACUGGCCUACUCUGACGACAGUGCUGCUCUUCUGGCCUCUAUCAGUGACGACUGCUCUGUCGCUGUACACACUGCAGAACUCAGAGAAAUUUUCAGAGACCGGCGGCACCAGGACUUUGUGCGGGGUGUGUGUUGGUCUCCGGGCGGCUCCUCUGCGCUGACCACUGUGGGCUGGGACCACCAGGUGCUGCACCACACACCCGAGCACUAGAGCAUCAUGGGAAAACACCAGCACGCGUCGGAGCAUCUCGGAAAAAUCACACCCGUGAGCACUAGAGCAUCAUGGGUAAUCCAAACAUUGGCAUCAAUCAGGCAUGAGUUCCCCCGUCAUCAUGACGGUUAGCAAACAAACACAUCUAGCAGCAGAGAUUAGCAGGAGCCGCCUCACUCCACAUGUUGAUGUUCAAUAAAGCUUCUGUUUAGUGC